ACUGUCACUUUCACUCUGAGCCUCUUCUUGCCUUUGGUCAAGGAAGGAGCUGCCCUCUGAGUCUGUUGGUAUUUGGGGUAGGGAGGGGGCACAGCCAUGGACCAUCGGCGGAUGCAGAAGAUCAGCCUUGGGACAACCAUCAUGGCUGUGGAGUUUGACGGAGGUGUUGUGGUGGGCUCUGACUCACGAGUCUCUGCAGGGGAGUCCGUGGUGAACCGGGUCUUCAACAAGCUCGAGCCCCUCCAUCACCGGAUCUACUGCGCACUCUCUGGGUCGGCAGCUGAUGCCCAGGCGAUUGCGGACAUGGUGAACUACCAGCUGGAGCUCCACAGUUUGGACAUGGAUGAGUCGCCCCUGGUCUUGGCUGCAGCCACGUUGGUGAAAAAUAUCAGCUACAAAUACAAAGAGGAGCUCUCAGCUCACUUGAUGGUGGCAGGAUGGGACCCCAGGAAAGGUGGGCAGGUCUAUGGGACACUAGGAGGGAUGCUCACCCAGCAGCCCUUUGCCAUUGGGGGAUCUGGGAGCACCUAUAUUUAUGGUUACGUUGACUCUGCCUACAAACCUGGGAUGGACCAAGAAGAAUGUCUACAGUUCACCAAAAAUGCUAUUGCCUUGGCCAUGGUCCGGGACGGUUCCAGCGGAGGUGUCAUUUACCUUGUCACCAUCACCAAAGAUGGCGUCAAGGAAGAAGUGGUUGUGGGGGAGAACAUCCCCAAAUUCUAUGAUGAAUGAAUUUGUUUUCCUUCCUGUUUUUAAUCCAAUAAAUGUGACAAGAGUAAAA